UCAGAAGGUACUAGAAGCAGAACAAACCCUAUUCCUCUCUUUUUUUUCUCCAAUUUUCGAUUUCGAAACAAAGACUUAAAAAGAAAAAGACGAGACUUUAACAACACUCAGACCUAAACACACACUUUCUCUGUCUCUCUCAGAUCGGAAGCAAAGGAUGGAUUCGACGAAGCUUAGUGAACUCAAGGUCUUCAUCGAUCAAUGCAAGUCAGACCCUUCCCUUCUCUCUACACCUUCGCUCUCCUUCUUCCGCGAGUAUCUCGAGAGUCUCGGUGCUAAGCUACCUACUGCUGCUAAUGAAGCACACAAAGACACCAAAGAGAAGAGUUUCGUAGUGGAAGAAGAGAGUGAUGAUGAUAUGGAGGAAACCAAAGAACCGAAAGUGGAAGAAGAAGAGGAGGAGGAUGAGAUUGUUGAAUCCGAUGUAGAGCUUGAAGGAGACACUGUUGAACCUGAUAAUGAUCCUCCUCAGAAGAUGGGGGAUGCAUCAGUGGAGGUGACUGAUGAGAAUCGUGAAGCUGCUCAAGAAGCUAAGGGCAAAGCCAUGGAGGCGCUCUCUGAAGGAAAGUUUGAUGAAGCAAUUGAGCAUUUAACUCAGGCAAUAAUUUUGAAUCCGACAUCAGCUAUUAUGUAUGGAAACAGAGCUAGUGUCUACAUUAAGUUGAAGAAGCCAAACGCUGCUAUUCGAGAUGCAAACGCCGCAUUGGAGAUUAAUCCUGAUUCUGCUAAGGGAUACAAGUCACGUGGUAUGGCUCGCGCCAUGCUCGGAGAAUGGGCAGAGGCUGCAAAAGACCUGCACCUUGCAUCUACGAUAGACUAUGAUGAGGAACUUAGCGCUGUGCUCAAAAAGGUCGAGCCUAACGCUCAUAAGCUUGAGGAGCACCGUAGGAAGUAUGACAGAUUAAGGAAGGAAAGAGAUGACAAAAAGGCUGCACGUGAGAGACAACGUCGCCGCGCUGAAGCACAGGCUGCCUAUGAUAAAGCUAAGAAACAAGAACAGUCAUCAUCGAGCAGACAAUCAGGAGGUGGUUUUCCGGGUGGUAUGCCCGGCGGGUUCCCUGGAGGUAUGGGCGGCGGAUUCCCCGGAGGAAUGCCUGGCGGAUUUCCGGGAAUGCCCGGUGGAUUCCCAGGAGGAAUGCCCGGUUCAGGCGGUAUGCCUGGCGGUUUUCCGGGAGGAAUGCCCGGUUCUAGCGGUAUGCCUGGUGCAGGCGGUAUGCCCGGUGCAGGCGGUAUGCCCGGUUCAGGCGGUAUGCCCGGUUCAGGCGGUAUGCCAGGUGCUGGAGGUAUGCCUGGUGGUGUUGACUUCAGCAAAAUAUUGAAUGAUCCUGAGCUAAUGACUGCAUUUAGCGACCCGGAAGUCAUGGCUGCGCUUCAAGAUGUGAUGAAGAAUCCUGCGAAUCUGGCGAAGCAUCAGGCGAAUCCGAAGGUGGCUCCGGUGAUUGCAAAGAUGAUGGGCAAGUUCGGAGGUCCUAAGUAAAUCAAGACAACUUUUGUCUUUGACAUUUCUGGAUUUAAUUGCGUUGAGAAGAGAGAUAUGUUGAAGAUUUUUUUUUUUUUUUUAAAGUUUUUUGUUGUCAGAGAAACUUGAACAGAAACAUAACCUUUUUCUUUCGUUA